GCUGUGUGUUUUGCCGGCGUCAUGCAGGGCAAGAUGUCAGCCAAGCAUCUCACAGACCAGAUGAAGCUGCACUUCAUCGUGGAGGGCAUGGCGGGGAAACAUGCAUUCAAGGGAUCGAAGCGGUGGAAGUGCAAGUACUGCGAGCAGCGUUUCAGUGGGACUGCGACGAAACUCUCGAAAUACUUCGUCGAAAAGGGCAGCCUUGACUAUUGCAUGACGGAAAUGUCGGUGGAGGAGAGGACGAGGAGGGAAGAGGGGAUAAGUCAGGGGGAGUGGCUUGCUCGCGUGCUGUUGCACGGAGAGGCAUCAGGGUCCGGCCCCAGCAAUUCGCAAACCGCCGCUGAAAACGUCCCUCAGGUUCGUAGCUCACAGGUGGGUGCAGCUGGCAUCAGCGACGAAACACCCACGCCUCAAUCGACUGCAGGCACAUUUCAUGGAUCGAAGGCAUCGAAGCCAGUUCCUAAGGGACCUUUGCGGCAUACAUUGAUCGAGGAAGAGCGGACGAGUCGGUUUCUCGACAGGUUUCUGAUCUGCACAAACCAGUCGUUCAGUUUGGUGGAGGAUGAGUACUUCCUGGAGUUCAUUGACGCGGUGAAGAAGGCCCAUUCGGCGUGGAUGCCGUGCAGAAGGGAUGAGCAAAGGACGAAACGGUUGGACGCUGACUACGCAUGGGUUGGGGCGGAGUCGGUACGGUCUUUUGGAAGUCAGUGUGCAUGGAGGGCAAGGAGAAGGACGCCAGUCGGUACGGUCUUUUGGAAGUCUUUGGAUGGGGUCAUCAAAGAGAUAGGAGCGGACACAGUCGUCGGUGUCGUCAUGGACAACGCAAGGGUGUGCGUCAAGGCAGGGAAGAUGGUGGAGGCUGCCUAUCCGAACAUCUUUCGCGUCGGAUGCACUGCGCAUGCGCUUGAUCUUGCGCUGGAGGACAUGUAUAAGCACAUGCCUUGGAUGGCGGAGGUGGUUGACGCUGGGAACAAGGUCGGCAAGUUUUUCACGAAUGUGGACAAGGCGAGGGCCAUGUUCCACAACUACUCACCGAAGACGAAGUUGAAGCGCCCUGCGGCAACCAGAUUUGCCACCAACUUCACGAUGCUCGGGUCUUUGAAGGAACUGAAGAAUGCACUGGAUCGCUGCGUUUGUGAUGUGGGAUGGGUGGAGAAGAUGGUACGGGCAGAGCAGUUAGUGGCGUUCAACGAGGUGACGGCCAUCAUUCUAGACAAGGGCGAGUUUUGGAACAACCUCAACAAGGCGCUCGAUGUGAUGCAGCCCGUGGUGGAGCUGCUUCGGCUGGUGGAUGGACAAGGACCGACCAUUUCGAAGGUGUACUUCAAAAUGGAUCGGUUUGUUCAGCGCAUGCGUGCCCUCGAGUGCCUCUCAACCUUCCUGGAUCCUGAGCACCGAAUGCAGAACGCGCAGCGCGACCCGGAGGUUCGCACAGGAUUCAACAUCUGGCUAUACCCCUGGAUGCCACGAGAUAAGCUCAAGGAAGUGAGCUUCCAGGUUGACCAGUGGGUCAACGCUUUAGGAGGGUUUUCCACAGAGGAGGCACGCGAGCAAGCAAGCCAGCAGCCACCAGCUUUGUGGUGGGAGGCUUUUGGCUCCAAACACGACCUCCUUGCACCGCAAGUCAUCAAAUUGCUUGGCCAGGCAAGCUCCUCCGCUGCUUGUGAGCGGAACUGGAGCUUGCAUGAGCUCAUCUACGGGAGAAGGCGCACGAAGCUCAUGCCGGAGAGGAUGGCCAAGCUCGUGUACAACAGUUGGAAUGUCCGCCUUCUGAAGAGCAUUCGGCGCGGCGGGGGGGAUGAAUUCCACAUCCCAUGGGCGGAUGACGGCCCAGUGGACAAGGAGAUGGAGGAGUGGUACGCAGAUUGGCUGAAGCGUGUCCACGGAGAGGUGGAAGAAGAAGAGGCAGUUGUGGCGGACGUCAAAGACGAGGAAGACGAGUUUCCACUGCGGCGCACCUUCCAGUUCAAUGACGAGGUUGACGAGAGGCUGUGUGAGGAGGACUCUGUUCUCGUCGGUACACGGGAGCGCGAUUGGCACGAGUGCACGAAGCCUGGGAAAUACCGUGAGCGUGAGUUGCGCAGGAGAUCAGGCAGCGAGCUGCCUGUGCCUCAGGAGUUGUAUACGGAGGAGGGCUAUGCUCUUGCAUUGGCAGCUCGACGGGCGGGCACAUGGGUGGAGGGUCGGGAGGAGGGACCACGGAGGAGGCGCACAAACAAGGGCAAACAGAAGGUUGAUGGCAACGCGCCCGUGCAGUGUGGCAAAAGGAAGGCUGUCGAGCAACAACAGCCACAGCCGAAGAGGGGCCGUCCCACAUUGGCGGAGCAGGCAGAACGCAGGGCACGAAAGGCGGAAGAGAAGGCCGCCAAGGCAGCAGCUGACGCUGCCGCAGCAAAAGCUGCUGCGGUCAAAGACGAUGCGGCCAAAGCCGGAGCAGCGGCCAAAGCCGACGCGAAGAACGCUGCCGCUGGGAAGAUGAAGAGAGCCACCAUCAUAAAUGAUGACGACGAUGAUGAUAUCCCGGAAGACAUCCGGGGAGACGAAGAGCUCAAAGGCUCAACAUCGACUUCUUCCAGCUCAAGUGACACAUCUGAUUCCGGUGGGGGGGGGGAAGGAACGGAGGAGAGUGACGAGGAAGAAGGUGGUGAGGGUGAGGUGCAGCCGGAGGAGAGCGAGGAAGAAGGGGAACAGGCGGUGUAGGGUGCACCCGCUGUGCUGUUUUGGCGGACAAACUGAAGUUACUAAGCAAUUCGAAUUUUGAACUUGUGGAUCUUUUUUAUAUAAGUUUUUAACUUUUUGUCAAUUUUUCUGUUGUCUUUCUCAUUCUUUGCUGUGUGUGGUGCAUCAUCGAUUGUUCAAAGUUUGUUUUCUGUGUUUUUGUGAUGCCAUACCGCCGCUCGAUUGCAUGAAUGCAAUGAAUGCCUGCUGCCAUG